UCAACUCUACCACUGCAUCCACAGACAACUUGUAGACAGUGAGCAUGGCUGUGUUCCAAUACAGUUUUAUUUACGGAAAUAACCUGUUUUGGCCCGUGGGCUGUACUUUGCCGAUCCCUGCUCCAAAGCCACUUUCCACGGUACACACCAGUGGUCCUUCUUGGUCUCCUUAGGACUUUGGCCAGCUGUUCAUACAUUUGUUUGUGAUUCAUAGGCUUUAGGUCAAGUGCAUUGGGAUGGCCUGUGUUUCCCAUUGAGGGAUGCCUCUGAAGAGGAAAUGUGCUCUCCUCGCCUGCGUGGGAGACCAUGAGUGACCCACCCUAUGACCCACUGGCCCCCACUGGCAGUUACUGCAGAGAGAGACACACACAUGCAUAAGGAGGCCUCUUGGGGUUGGUGACCUGCUAAGUGUGGCGUGCCUGCACCAGGGAACACUGGCACCAGUUAAAAAGGACAUGAUGGGUCUAUACUUUCUACCUGGGAUCUUAAAAUACAUUGCUCUUUAAAAAAGCAGAUUAUAGGUAGAUUUGUACGAUGAUCCCUUUUUAUGUUAGAAAUGAAUUUUUAUGUGUAUUUUUUAUGGGGAUCACACGUGUGAACGUGUAACAGCCUGAUGGUGUCUCUUUCAAACUAAUAAUAAGAACUGUCAGGUCCAAGGACCUGGGUGGGAAGGAGCCUGGGAUCGGAGCUAGUGACGUUAGCCUAAGCUCUGAUGUUUCAGUUUUUUUUUACAAGGAGAAUGUAUUUGUUUAUUACUUGUGUAAUUAAAAGUUCAGAAUAACAAAUAAGAUAAUUGGCUUCAGCCUUUUGCUCCCGUCCACCAGCCUUCCCAGAGCCACCCACGUAAACAUAUGACUGGGGAAAUGCAGUGGGCUUGCUGGGAAGGCGCCUCCGUCCCCGAAGGCCUAGCGGAUUGUUGCUCCUGCGUCUAAGCCAUGCCUGCCUUUCUCCAUAAGGACACUCGGCCCAGAGAGUGGGAGGAGGAAGAGAGCAUGGAGGGUUCUGAUGACCUCUAGGCCAGGCUCUUUCUGUCUGUGCCCUGCUGCUGGUCAGUUGCGUGGCUGAGUCACUUUCCUUCCAGGUUAUGGUCACCUGGUCAACCUUGUGUUCCAGUUGAGGAAAAAUGCAGAUGACAAGGAGGAAUUUUGUUGUCAGAGACUAAAAGGAGGUUGUCGUAAUUGACUUUAAGCAGCAAACAGUAAAACACUGAGCUCUUCAGCUCCACCUUUCUUGCUCUGAGAAUUGGAAAACCAAGAAGGUUUUGAUGUUUUGUGUGGCACCACCUGAAUCAGAAGCCAAGAUGAACAUAACCAAAGGGGGUCUGGUGUUGUUUUCGGCAAAUUCUAAUUCAUCAUGUAUGGAGCUUUCAAAGAAAAUCGCUGAGCGGCUGGGGGUGGAGAUGGGCAAAGUGCAAGUUUACCAGGAGCCUGACAGAGAAACAAGAGUACAAAUUCAAGAGUCUGUGAGGGGGAAAGAUGUUUUCAUCAUCCAAACUGUUUCAAAGGAUGUGAACACCACCAUCAUGGAGCUCCUUAUCAUGGUGUACGCGUGUAAGACCUCCUGUGCCAAAAGCAUCAUCGGCGUGGUCCCCUACUUUCCUUACAGCAAACAGUGCAAGAUGAGAAAGAGAGGCUCCAUCGUUUCCAAACUGCUAGCUUCCAUGAUGUGCAAAGCUGGUCUGACUCAUCUUAUUACUAUGGAUUUACACCAGAAGGAAAUUCAGGGCUUCUUCAAUAUUCCUGUUGAUAAUUUAAGAGCAUCUCCCUUCUUAUUACAGUAUAUUCAAGAAGAGAUCCCGGAUUACAGAAAUGCAGUGAUCGUGGCCAAGUCUCCAGCCUCGGCUAAGAGGGCACAGUCUUUUGCUGAGCGCCUGCGACUGGGCAUCGCGGUGAUUCACGGAGAAGCGCAGGACGCCGAGUCCGACCUGGUGGACGGGCGGCAUUCCCCCCCCAUGGUCAGGAGCGCCGCCGCCAUCCACCCCAGCCUGGAGAUCCCCAUGCUGAUCCCCAAGGAGAAGCCCCCGAUCACAGUGGUCGGUGACGUGGGAGGAAGGACCGCCGUCAUUGUGGACGACAUCAUUGAUGACGUGGACAGCUUCCUCGCUGCAGCAGAGACCCUGAAGGAAAGGGGUGCGUAUAAGAUCUUCGUGAUGGCGACUCACGGCUUGUUGUCCUCCGACGCCCCUCGACUGAUCGAGGAAUCUGCCAUCGAUGAGGUGGUGGUUACCAAUACAAUUCCACAUGAAAUCCAGAAGCUCCAGUGCCCCAAAAUUAAAACUGUGGAUAUAAGCAUGAUCCUUUCAGAAGCCAUCCGUCGGAUUCACAAUGGACCCUGCACGUUCUCGACGCGUAGUCACUUGACUGCAGCAGGAGAGGAAUUGGAACACCAGCUGUGAGCCACUGGGGCAGGUCAGGAGUUGGCGUGAGCUGCCAUCUGCAUCUUGGCGUGGCUCCUUGGCGUGGCAUCUUUGUUCUGCUCCUUGUUUAAACAAAAUGCAGCACUGCAUGCUCUGGAGAAUGAGAUGCUGGCGGGGAGGGGGUUACAGAGGGCAAGCGAUGUGACCCUUGUCAGUGUCAAGCAUCUAAUAUUGUCUGUCAGAGUUCAGAACUCAAAACUCUACCUUAGAGUUUAUCAGGCUGGGAGACACUGGGGUCCCAUGAGUUAUGCCACUAAGGUCAUGUAAUGGCAGUCCCCUCCAAUUCAUGCAAGAAAGAAUUAAGACUUUCUUAUAAAGAAAAAGAUUACUUUUUCUUCCAAAAAACCUUAAACCUUUGCUUUCUGAGUGCAUGCUCAGAAAAGACCUGAGAAAGCCUUUAAGCUCGCACCUCUGGCUGCCCUUGAGGUUCUGUGUAAGCAAGAAGUGAGGGCCAAGGCCAGGUUGUAAAUUUUCUGGCAAAGUGUUGAAGGCAUGCCCCAGGACACACAGCCCAUCUACAGACUGGGAGAGUUGUUCUCUCUCUCUUUUUUUUUUUUUUUUUUGGUUUCAGGGUUUUACGGAAGUGUGUGGUGACUCACUAGCUGACUGUCCAGAGAUUUCAGUUGCCACAGACAACAAAGAAUACAGACUUUACAAAAUCAGUUGAGAAAAGCCACUACGCAAACAAACCCUGUGGAGGGAGGAGAAUCUGAUUUCCAGACUUUCACAUUAUAAUAUUUAAAAUACCAGUUUUCAACAACAAGAAAAAAUUCCGAGGCAUAUAAAGAAACAAGAAGGUUGGGCCCAUACACAGGGUCUUCCUUGAGGAAGCUCAGACUUUAGACCUACUAGACAAAGACUUGAAGUCAUCUGUUUUAAACAUGCUCAAGAGCUAAAGGAAAUCAUGGGAAUUAUGUCUCACCAAAUGGAGAAUAU